CAUCAUCCAACGGGCACCGCCCGGUGGUUUCCAGGAUCUUUUGAUAACAGAGUUGGCACACAGCGUGGGAACAGUCCAGCAGAUGGGAGCGACGCGUGGAAAUGGUCCAUUUUCCUAUGGAUAUGUGUCACAUCAAGAAAACGACGAAAAAUGCCCAAUGGUCUAUCCUCGUGCUCUGUGCUCACGUUCCCGUCUGCGUUCUGACAGCAGCAAUGCUUGCCCCUCUGCUCGCAUUCGUCAUGCUUAACCCGGACUUUAUCAUCUCUGCGGCGAUGACUGCUCUGCUUCCAGACAAUCUCAUCCACACAUCGAACCAUAGCGAAGCCGUUAAUGAGACUAGCAUGGACCAAUAUCAAGGAGCGCUGUUAACCACCGUGCAGUUGGACAUCAAGCAGGGACGUCCGUACAUGGUCCUUCUCCUCAAAGAGCAUGAAGACGUCCUGUGGACCACCGUCAACGCGCACGAGGAAAGGAUAGCCGAACGUGACGUCGUCGCCACGUACCCUACUCUUGCGGACCAUCGUCAAUACGUCUACGAUGAGGGCGACGUUAAGUCCUCCGGCCGGACUGUUGGUAAACUGCCGCGUGUCUUGCAAAGAGUUGGAAUGAAGUUGAAGGCGUUACGAAGAAGCCUUGGCUUUCAAAAACCUAUGGUUACAAGAAUAUUAUCUGCAGAUUCCCUGACGGCUGAGCAUAGAAGGGUGAAACUGCACAAACAAACCUCCGCGGGCGAUGACAGCCACUCCCAAGCACAUGGUCUACUCGCGAACAGCGGCAGACCCCAAGGUACCUUUGACGCUUACAGAGGAAACCUAACAAGAGACGGCGUCAUACCUCACUUCUUGACCGACGCACCGAACCAACUAAUCAACGUCGACUAUGGCUACGGCCGCAAAAUCCGAAUGGGGAAUUUUUUCGUAGCUCAACGACUCUGGCUGGAACCCUUGAACGUUUCUUUCCCCAUGGAAGAAGGGAACCUGUACACACUCCUUCUUACGGACAUCACCUUCAUGUUCUGGCAGUAUUGGCUGGUGGUGAACAUCGUCACCGAGGACGUGUACUCUGGCGACGAACUGAUCCUCUACAGCGGUCCCUUUCCAACCUCUGGACGUCCACACACUCUGGUCUUCCUCCUCUACUCUCAGGGGACUCGAGUCAUCGACAUUGCACAGUUCAAGACGGAAACGGGCUACGACCUGGCCACCAGAGACCCCAGAGUGCUUGUGCAAGAGUGGAAUCUGGGCGAACCAAUCGCGAUCAAUUAUUUCUUGACGGACGCCGUGCGGGAUGACGUCAGGGCAAUGUUGAUAAACCACAGCGAAAAUAAGAAGAGGAAAAAAAGGCGGGAAGACAUUUUGAAACGGAGGAAGACCAAGGAACCUUUGCUGGAGGCCAAAGGAGACACAGAAGCUGAGCUGAAGCAGCCGGAAGAAGCUAAUGGCGGCCAUAUUCUUGAAUUGUGGUGGCCGCUGUUGCUGAUGUGUUUUAUAGAUGAAUAUUGGAUGUGUGUUCGUGUGUUCUUCACGCAUACCAUGGUGUACUAUGGUGCGUUCCGGUGACCGAGCCUGGAGGACCCUGUUACCAUUCGUGUUUACAUAAUAGGCCACGGUCUGUCAUACGUGACGAAAUGUUUCCCCCCUUGUUACAUGUGCACCCAGGUGUGUCUCAAGGAUCAGCAAUAGGACCAUUAGUGUUUCUCACUAAUGCAUAUAAAUUGUGUUACUGAGAAAAUAAAGCCGCUAACAUAG